CCCUGUCAGCGGUGCGCGCCCUGCAUGGAGCCGCACCAUGGCGGCGGCGGUGGGAGCGGGAGCGGGCGGGCGGCAGCGGGGGCGCCGCUGAGGGCCGGCAGCCCCGCGGCGGGGUGCUGAGAGGCGGCGGUGGACAGCGCCGGGCCCCCCCCCAACCCCCGCGGCCGCGUCCAUUCCCUCCGUCCAUGCUCCCGGCCGUCGCGGCCUCGCAGCGGAGCCGUUGGGCGGCGGCGAGAGAGGCGGGGAGAGAGGGAGAGAGCAGCGGGCCCGGCCCCGCGCCCGCAGGGCGUAUCGAGGAUAGUCAUCAGCCUUAAUAAGGAUUGAUUGUGUACUGCCCAUCAUCGUCCUGAUUGGAUACCAAGUAGAAAAGCUUCGGCCAUUGCACUGAGAAGGUGAACAGUUGGAUGAACGUCCCUGUCAAGGGGCACCACUGGAAGAACCUUUAUGGGCUCCUAAUGACAUGCAGGUGGACGAUUUGCUUAGGAAAAUUAAGGGCUCAAGCUUUGCUCCCUGUCGCAGAACUGCAGCAUCUUCAAUUACAGAAGCAGUAUCUGCCAAAGCGGUGUUUGGAUGCACUCAUCAAAGCAUAUGUGUUUUGCUCUCCUCUUCCAAGCUGCUUCUAUGAGCUCACGCCAAAGUACCCAGCACUCCCUGUUGUUUGCAUGACACAUUUCUGCUCUCCCACUUCCCUUGUUUCUACAUAUAUGAUGACCUUGGAGGUCUUUCCCAACCAUAAUGAGUCGACGAUUCUUUUUUCCCUGCCAUCUCUUGAACUGCUUUGCCCACAGAGGGAGGAGAGGAGAGGUGAUGGAGUGAGCAGGAAGGAAAAACGGUGUCUCUGUUUGGUGAAACUCUAACAAGCAAUUUGGGAUGUUUUCCCCCCUCCAAACACAUUGAUCCAAUUUGAAAAUCCAGGGCUUAAAAGCACAGAUGUUUGGUGUGACACAGACAUGGCAACUUCCUAGCAAGAGAGAUGGCUUUGCUGCUGGUGCGUUCCUGUGGGCUAUUCUGGGAUGAGAGGAGUACAAACAUCCUUAAAGCGGCUCACCCAAAACUUUCCUUCUCUCUGUGCACUAAAACAGCUUUUGCAGAUGCUGUGGAUCCCUGUGGCCAUCCCUUGGUAUCCCCAGGGCAGGACCAGCAGUGGGAUGUGACCUGGCCAAUGGUUCCGUCAUGGUUGGCUGCUGGCAGUCCUGUCUGUGUGCCCAGAGAGAGCAGUGGGGAGAUGGUGGGGGUUAAUUCUGUCUGGAGCCAUAUCUGGUAGUCAGAAGCAUUGAGGAUGCGAGGUGGGAUGGUUUGCUUGCAGCAUGGGUAACUGCCUUAUUUUUCAACUCAUUAAUUUUAAUCCCAGCCCACGCCAACAAGGAUCACAAGUCAGGGGUGCUGCUGAUGUUCGUUGCUUGACUCUGAAUAAACAUCUCUGCAUCUGCCAUUUAUAACUGGUUCCUCCGGCUCGUGUUGGAGCACUCAACACCUGAAAUGCCUCUGAGAACAUCACGUGGAGACUGCAAGUGCUGCUCCCUUCCUGCAGCACAGCAUCACACAUAAGGCAAAGUGUGCUGUAGGGACUGAGCUGUGCCCAGUGUCCUUGCUGCCAGUCCAGUCAGUGAGUGGCUGCUCGGGUUUGCCAUCAGCCUGCUCUCACUUCAUCUUGUGGGCUGAUUGUGGAGCACUUACCCGAGCUCUCAUGCUGCAUGCUGGCAGCUCCUGCAGAGUGGUGGCUGCGAUAUGGGGCUUUGCUUGCAGCAAUGCAGCCUUUGGGCACUUUGGAUUCUUUUCUUGUUCAGCUCACAUGAUACUUAAUUCCCUGAGAGGGAGGGAAGGUGGCAUCACCUAUUCCAGAGCCUGCAAGUCUGCCUCUGCUCAACAACAUAUGGAUUGAUACGGAAGAUACGAAUCAUUUGAGUUGGAAAGGACCCUUAAAGGCCAUCUGGUCCCACUCCCUGCAAUGAACAGGAACACCCACAGCUCCAUCAGUGCUCAGAGCCCCGUCCUGCGUUACCUUGGGUGUCUGUAGGGACUGCACCAUCUCUCUGUGCAACCUGUGCCACUGCCUCACUGCUAUGUGUAGGAUUCAAUUUUCAAACCAUAUGCACUUCCCAAAAUGACAUCUCUUGCUCUGCUCCCUCCCAGCGGAGGUACCCUUCCCUGCCUUUGGUUGUAGCACCAUUUGCAGAGGGUCUUCAAAUAACCACUCCUCUUCCUCUGCACCUGCUCAGUAUGGGCACAAUGAGGCUUGGGGUGAAGUAUAGCUUGGCUGGGACAAACCAAGCAUUGAGAUAAACAAUCUGGAAUUUAGAAUCAUAGGAUCAUCAAUGGAUUGGGUUGGGAGGGACCUUGAAGCCUAUGGAGUUCCAGCCCAUGCCAAGGGCAGGGACACCUCCCAGCUGGAUCAGGCUGCCCAGGGCCCCAUCCAACCCAGCCCUGAGCACCUCCAGGGAUAGGGCAUCUUCAGUGCCAGGGCCUCACUGUCCUCUGAGUAAAUCUCUCCUCUCUUAGUAUAACACCAUUACCCCUUUUCCUAUCAUUGCACCCUCUGUCAGUGAGUCCAUCCCCAUCCCUCCAGGCUCGCUCUGCCAGCCAGGAUACCAAACCACCUCAAUUUGGUUCAAAUUAGGAGGAACAGGAGGGAGUUCGGAUGCAGGUUUGCCCCUUGUUGUUGUUGGGCCACGUUUCACAAGGGCAAAAUGAGAUGAAUUUGCUUGUCUUUGCCACCGAGCAGACAAAUACAACACUGGGCUUCAUCAACAGGGUUUGUCUUGUGUUCGCACAGCAACAAGCAGCCACAGAGAGCCGGCUCUGUUCUGUGUGAGCUCCUGUACCAUUUUACGCCUGGCUAGGGGAAUCUCUUAUUUAAUGGCAAGACUGAGGAGCCUUCUGUGUAUUAUGCUGCUAGCAAGGGGGUGGUGGGAAGGGGUGUUUGUGUGGGAGCGCUGCUUUUCAAAGCCUUUUCAAAAGGCUGAGACAGCGGACACUUUCAAAGAUGGGGAUGUCUCUGGUGCUGUCCGCAGCCAUUGUAUAGAAAUAGAAAUAACGUGGGUGGAGUUCUCUGUCAUCCCAGAUGGGUCUCAAUGAGUUAAAUUUAGCAGCAUUGUGAUGGUCCAGCUGGAAUCGUGUGUUUGCAGGGCGAACGCUUUUGCACAAGAGUUGGGUCCUGCAGGUUUGCCGUCACUGCUUGCUAAUCCAUAGUGUUUGAGCCCUCUUGUAGAGUCUUCGUGUUUGUUGGAAUGUCACUAAAAUAGAAGUGACACGAGGUGAUAUUUAAUGCCUGGUCAGGAAGAUGUUUAUUGGCAAAAGGGAAUGGGCCAUAAAAGCUGAGUUCCAGCAUUACCUUCGCUCUGUUCUCUCUUUCAUACACAUCCAGGCUGCCGUCAUCAAGGAAACUUGAAAUUCUCUGCUGGUGCUUUUGCACACAAAAUGGCCAGAGAUGGAGCGUAUCCAUGGAGGAAUGAAAUAUCUCUGAUCCUGCUGCAAAUGAAACCUCUGGAAAUGUUAAAGAAACCAUUUAUUUCGGCUGCCCCAUCAGUAUCAAUAGCAGCCCCUGCGCCGGGCACUGGGGCACCGUUUUGGGCUGAAAAGUGUCCCAGCGAAGGAGAGGGAGAUGUUCUGUCUUGAGUGCGAUGUGAUGGGUGGUGCUGCAGGAGGGAAUAACCUGUCUGACACUGUGAUGGCUUUCAUCCUGGGUUUUUCCAAAACAGAUUGAGUUGCGGGCUCAACCUCUCACCUCUGUGUUGGAAGGGACUUCAGGCUUCUCCUGGAGCUCCAUCUAGAGGGGAGGAAGAUGGGCCCAUCCUGGUGGCCUCCCUUGGGUGUCCUCAAGUAGACUUCCCAUUGCUCCAGUGGUCCUUUUCCUUCCUUUGGUUUUGGGGUGGUGCUGUGUGGAGCCAGGGGUUGGACCAGUGAUCCAUGUGGGUCCCUUCCAGCUCUGUCAUUCUGUGACUCUACAAACCCAUACAGAAGAGCUGUAGUUACACCACAGACACAGUUCCUCCUGCACCAGUGAAGGGGAUUUCUCUACCGGCCCCACAGGUGCAGCUGUCCCCACUGAGGAUGUAGAAACCACACCGUGCUCUGCGGUUUCUUGUGGGUUUGAUGACAGAAGGCAAUUGGUUGUGGUUUGGGCUGGGGAUUUCCUGGUGAAACAGGUCGCCAUGACAUUCCUGUUACGAUGCUCCUGCAGCACAAAGAACACUUUGCCCAUGAAAAUCUAAAGGGAACGCUGUGGAGGUGUUGCACAGAACUGAGCACACAGUGCAGCCUGGCUAUCAAGGCGGAAGCAACCUCAGAACAACAUCUGCAUUCAGAGAAUCACAGGGGUUGGUAGGGACCUCAAGAGAUCCCUGAGUCCCAUCUCCUGCUAAAGCAGUUCCCUACAGUGGAUCGCACAGGUCAGCAUUCAGCCGGGUCUUGAAUAUCUCCAUAGAAGGAGACUCCCCAACCUCUCUGGGCAGCCUGUGCCAGUGCUCCGUCACCCUGACCGUAAAGAAGUUCUUCCACAUGUCAGUGCAGAGCUUCCUAUGUUCAAGUUUUAGGCCAUUGCUCCUCGUCCUAUCGCUACACACCACCAAGAAGAGCCUGGCCUCAUCCAUUUGCCUCCCACCUCCCUUUAGAUCUUUAUAAACGUUUAUCAGAUCCCCUCUCAGUCUUCUCCUCCCCAGGCUGAACAGACCCAGCUCACUCAGCCCUUCCUCAUACAGGAGAUGCUCCAGGCCCUUCAUCAUCUUGGUGGCCCUCCGCUGGACUCCUUCUAGGAGAUCUCUGUCUUUUUGGAACUGAGGAGCCCAGAACUGGACUCAGUAUCUAAAUGUAGCCUCACUGGGGCAGAGCAGAGGGGGAGGAUCACCUCCCUCACCCUGCUGGCCAUGCUCUUUGUAAUGCACCGCAGGAUGCCAUUGGCCUUCUUGGCCACCAGGGCACACUGCUGGCUCAUGGCCAACCUGCUGUCUGUCAGGACCCCCAGGUCCUUCUCCACAGAGCUCCUCUCCAGCAGGUCAGCCCCCAACCUGUACUGAUGUAUGUGGUUAUUCCUCCCUGAGGGCAAGACUCUACACUUGCUCUUGUUGAACCUAAUCAUGUUCCUUCCUGCCCAACUCUGCAGUCUGUCCAGGUCUCAUUGAAUGGUAGCACAGCCUCCUGGUGUGUCUGCCACUCCUUCCAGCUUUGUAUCCUCAGCAAACUUGGGUAUACUCUAUCCCUUUACCGAGGUUGUUGAUAAAGAUGUUGGACAAGACCAGACCCAGCACUAACCCCUGGGGAACACUGAUAGUUACAGACCUCCAGCCAGACUCUGCACUGCUGAUGACCACCCUCUGAGCUCUGCCAGUCAGCCAGUUUUCAAUCCACCUCACCACUCACUCAUCUAUUCCACAUUUUCUAAGUUUCAUAACAAGGAUGUUGUGGGAGAUGGUGUCAAACGCCUUGCUGAAGUCAAGGUACACAACAUCCACUGCUUUCCCCCCAUCCAUCCAGCCAGUGAUGACAUCACUGAAGGCUAUCAGGGUGGUCAAGCAUGAUUUCCUCCUGGUGAAUGCAUGUUGACUACUCCUGGUAACCUUCUUCUCUUCCAAUUGCUUGGAGAUGCAGUUGGAUUCUUCUCUUCUUAGCAACAGAGGUGGCUUUGCUUGGGUUGUGCCUAUUCUUUUCUGCUGGUUACUGUUCCCCGCUGUGCCCUGAAAGGUUUGAAGGCUGCUAUGGAAGUCCUGACCGGCAGUGCUGCAGUCAUGUUGUUGGGGAGAUUCAAAUACAGAGUGAAUCGUGAAGAACAUGGCUCAAAUUGGGCCAUUAUGUAGUCACUAAGGACAAGAAACUGCAUUUUUCUUUUAGGUUUUGCUUCAGUAUCUCCAAGGACUGAGGACUACGCUUUGAUCGCAGAGCCAUCGUGCCCAAUAGUUGUGCUGAAAAAUAGGAAAAAUACAAAAAAGAAACCCACAUUUUCUUCUUCCACGAUCUGAUUGUUUCUCUGCCCUUCGCCCAGCGAAAUGCUGCGCAUAGCUGCUGGCUGUUAGCAUCUCCUGCGACAGGAGAAGGACAUCCUCUGCUCCAGGGGAUGUGUGGCAGUAACCAUGGAAAUGCACCGAGGCUUUUGUCUGAGCAGUGCCUCUUCAGAUCAGCCCCACUUAUCCCAAAGUAACAGCCUUUCUUGGCUGCCUUUUUGUUUCAGAGUGUAAUCACGUUAGUCUGCGUAACCCUGCGGGAGCGAUGUGCCCAGCUCUGCGGUGGGGCUCUGAACCCUUCAGCAUCUCUUCCUUCUGCACAAGGACACGUGGAAAGAAAAAUACCCGCGUGGAAAUAGAGCCACCGGAGGCAAAACAGGAGUUUGGUCGUUGUUCAGGAGCGUGGGCUGAAGAGAGGAAAUAUUUGGGAGACGGAUCUGUUUUUAUAGCUGUAGCUUCUAUAUCAUUAUUUUUUUCUAACGAACCAUUUUCCAAACCUUUUCAGACAGUAUUUUUGCAAGAGCAGAAGACUGAUUCAUGAGCCUGCUGGCCCCAGCAUCCCAGUAGUGCAGGCAUUGCUGGGUAUUCUCGGACACCCGCUCUGUUCCCUUCAUCCCAUCCCACUCCUUCCAUGCUCGUUGGCUCCAUGCUGCAGAUUCUUCCUCUGUGAUGCUUCUAGUUGUAUAAUUUGAAGGAUUUGGGCUUUCUCAAGUGUUGUCUGCACACAGAUUAUUCCGGGCUGUGAUCGUAAGCCUCUCAAAUUGCUCCGCGUGCAGAUGUGCUUAUCCAGGAGUUGGAAAUGAAUUGAAAUCGCUUCCAAAGGACAUGAGAAAAGCUUUGCUUCCAGGAGGAACGUGUCAGAGGGAGCGUCGGGACAUCCCUCCUCCUAGGACAGCCUUCUGCAUGUUUUCUUGCGCUUCUCUUACUUUCAUUCCCCCUAAUUGGCGGUAAUUAGGCUAAUUGCUCACAAAAGCAGAUGUUCUCUCUGUGGUCGCAUCGGAACAGCUUACAGUGCACUGCAGACACGAGUGCGUGGCAUUAAAAGCCUAAUUCCUGUAAACAAGCCUACUGGAGGGUUAGAAACAACUCCUCCAGCUGCACCAGAUUCAUUAAGGUUGGAAAGACCACUAAGAACAUCAAACCCAACUAUUGACCCAUCACCACUGUGCCACUGAACCACGUCACUCCAAAUGCAAACAUUUCUGUUUUAAGGCAGCAGUCACUCUUUUACUGCUCUGUCGAGCCGUUCUCCUUGCGCUUGCAGUGUGCUCUGCUAACCUACUUGUAGGUUGAGCUGGAAAUGCUUGCACAUCCAGCAGCGCUGCAGAUUCUCAGCUCCGAUUCUUGGAGCCUUCAGCACAAGAUGUGCUUCCAGCGCUUUUGGCAGUCCCGUACAGCAGCGAAGGAGGGAAAUGUUUUCAGCUCCAGUUCCCCUCGUUUGCAAACUUCCUAAUGUGAGAGAGAGGCUGUGGGCUGGGAGUGCAUCCCUGCACUACGCUUGGGCUAUCUCUGUGUCUGCCCUUCUUGCAAAUAAGGGCAUAAUAUAUGCAACACAAUGCAAAUGUAUGUAAAGAGUAAGGUCUGCUCCGCUGAGUCUUGCUUGUAACCAGAAGGAAAACAACCCAAAUGCUUUAAAGCUGCCCCAAAAGCUGCUUGCUGGGCAGGCAGCACCUCGGUGCUGAUCAACGUGUUGCUUUGUGGCAUUUGUCUUCCCCGUGCUCGCCAUUGUCACAUCGCUCACCGGGAGCCAUUUGAGCACUGGAGUACACCCUAAUUAGCAGCCUCUGAUUUUUCGAGUUUCAUAAUCAGUGAUCUCGGCUACACCACAAGUGUUACUGUGGCAACAGGGCUGAACCGCUCAGCGGUGCAGAACCACGGCAGGUAAACAGGGAUUUCGCUUUGUCAGGGGCUGCUCCCCGCUCCGGCUCCACGCCGUCGUCCCGGCCGCGCUCAGGGUAAGCACAAAGCUCAGGGUAAGCACAAAGCGCCGCGUCGCCGAGCGGUGCUAACCUGGCAGCUCGGCCUCCCCGAGGAGAUCUUAAAGCUCUUCUGGGAACCAUCCCCUCCAACACCGCUGUGUGAAGGAGGAUGCUCAGCCUGCGGCUGCCCAACGCUCCAUCAGCUUGCAGCGUAGCUCAGAUCUGUGCAGUGCUCACCUUCGUUUGUUUUAUUUUGGUGUUUUCUUGUUUUCCCUCCCCACGUACCGUGCGCUCGCUCUCCGAAAUGCAUCAUAAUGGCUGUGCUUCGUCCUGGCUCCUAAACCAAAAGCAAUCGGUCCGGUACAACAGCGAGCAGCGAGAUGAAACGCACAGAUGCUUGCUUUCUCUCUAUUACAAAUGAUGCCUGGAACAAAGAAGGGGAAACCUUAAAACGUGAUCUUUAAAAUAAUAAACAUAGUCCGGUAUGAUUUGACUUCUUUAUUCCAGCUUAUGGAGAAUGGAGCUGGGAUCACGCAGCCCCACUCCUGCCUUUAAGGAUGUGCUCUCUGCUUUCCAGACCUCCAUCUCCAUCCCUGGCAGCUCUCUUCCACCCCACUCACCCAUGUUUCCCAUUUUUCUCUGUUUUACCUUUUCUUGGCUUUAAGGCUCCCCUGUCCUGCUCUUCCCUCUUCUUGUGGCCAAGAAGGCCAACGGCAUCCUGUCUUGUACCAGCAGUAGUGCAGGCAGCAGGAGCAGGAGGGGAUCAUCCCGCUGUACUGACACAGGUGAGGCUGCACCUCAAGUGCCGCACUCACUGUUGGUCCCCUCACUACAAGCCAUUCGUUUGGGGAGUUAAAAAGCCCAUUUGUGAGGCUGUGCAGCAGUAGGUGAGGCUGAAACUUGGAGAUCUGCACUCUGUAGCAGUAGGGGGGCCUUUUAGCAUCACUCUGACAGCACGAAGGCUUUCUGCACCCCAGAAAGCCAGGUGGAAUUGGUGUCCCUAAUUACCCUUUCGAUGCAUGUCCAUUGAGAUCUCUGUCUUGCUUUGAAAGAGCACUCCGUUGUAGAGAGUGGAGAGUGGGAAUUUAGGAUGUGGAGAUCCGUGGAAGGCUGGGCAGGUGCUCGGUGAUGCAGAAAGCAAAGCCCUGAGCUCGUCCUUCACAGCACUGGUACAGCUGCUCCAGGAGAAGCAGGCUGUUUAUUUAAACGGGGUGGGGGGGAAGAAAGAAAGAAAGAAAGAAGUGUGUUUUAAGAAAGGGUGAAUGGUUGCUGUGAUUCAUCUUUUCUGUUCAAGUGUGGAAAAGCAGAGGGUGGGGUGGGGGAAUAAUGCUCAGUGACACAUCAAAGCCUUCACUCCAGCUUUGGAGACACAUGCAGGGGAUUAGUCACCCCGUGGCAGUGCAGCAGAACGCUUUUCCUCCCCACCAGCAGCAGCUCCUGCCCUCGAUGGCCAACCCUGCUGUAACACAGCCUGCUGCAAAGCCAGAAGUUGGGGAUGACGGGAAUCGGUGCUGCGAAAGCACUCUGCAGUUGGACCAGCCUGAUCCCGGCGGGACCCAGCGCUCUCCUCCCCCUUUGUCAGCUUCCUCUGCUUUGCGAAAGGAUGGAGUGAGAUGGCAGACACUGCACAGGGAUGGAAGGAGAGGCCAGGCACCGCACAAACCCGGUGCUCCAGCAAUGUAAAGGAGCAGCAGAAGGGGACAGGGAGCGAGGGAGCAGCAGGUCAACAUGGAUCUAUGGUUCUUUGUCCUUUUGCUUGGAAGUGGCCUGAUCAGCGUCGGUGCUACCAAUGUCACAACAGAGCCACCAACGACAGUGCCCACCUCCACCAGGAUCCCCACCAAAGCUCCUACAGCAGCUCCUGAUGGUGGGACAACGCCGAGAGUGAGCAGCCUCAACGUUAGCUCUCCGAUGACCACUUCUGCCCCGGCGUCGGAGCCACCUACAACCACAGCCACCAGCAUCUCCCCCAAUGCCACCACUGCCAGCCUCAAUGCCUCCACUCCAGGGACAUCAGUGCCCACGUCCGCCCCUGUGGCCAUCUCGCUGCCACCCAGCGCGACACCGUCUGCCCUGCUUACUGCACUGCCCAGCACAGAAGCAGAGAUGACCGAAAGGAACGUCAGCGCGACGGUGACGACGCAAGAGACCUCUUCUGCAUCCCACAAUGGUAACUCUGACAGAAGAGAUGAGACUCCAAUUAUCGCCGUGAUGGUGGCCCUGUCCUCCCUCCUAGUCAUAGUAUUUAUUAUUAUUGUGCUGUACAUGUUAAGGUUCAAGAAAUACAAGCAAGCAGGGAGUCACUCCAACUCCUUCCGCCUGCCCAACGGCCGGACAGAUGAUGCAGAGCCCCAGAGCAUGCCGCUGCUCGCCAGGUCCCCCAGCACCAACAGGAAAUACCCACCUCUGCCUGUUGACAAGCUGGAGGAGGAGAUCAACCGCCGCAUGGCAGAUGACAACAAGCUCUUCCGAGAAGAGUUCAACGCUCUCCCAGCGUGUCCCAUUCAGGCCACAUGUGAAGCUGCUUCCAAGGAGGAGAACAAGGAGAAGAACCGCUACGUGAACAUUUUGCCCUAUGAUCAUUCCAGGGUUCACCUGACUCCUGUUGAAGGGGUUCCUGACUCUGACUACAUUAACGCCUCCUUCAUUAAUGGGUACCAAGAGAAAAACAAGUUCAUUGCUGCACAAGGACCAAAAGAAGAAACAGUGAAUGACUUUUGGAGAAUGAUUUGGGAGCAAAACACAGCAACGAUUGUCAUGGUGACCAACCUGAAGGAGAGGAAAGAGUGUAAGUGUGCUCAGUACUGGCCAGAUCAGGGCUGCUGGACAUAUGGGAACAUCCGCGUUUCGGUGGAAGACGUGACAGUGCUGGUGGACUACACCGUGCGCAAGUUCUGCAUUCAGCAGGUAGGUGACGUCACGAACAAGAAGCCUCAGCGCCUGGUGACUCAGUUCCACUUCACCAGCUGGCCCGACUUCGGGGUGCCCUUCACCCCCAUUGGGAUGCUGAAGUUCUUAAAGAAGGUGAAGACGUGUAACCCCCAGUAUGCAGGAGCAAUAGUAGUGCACUGCAGUGCUGGGGUGGGACGCACAGGCACUUUUAUUGUCAUCGACGCCAUGCUGGACAUGAUGCAUGCCGAGAGGAAGGUGGAUGUUUACGGCUUUGUGAGCCGGAUCCGGGCUCAGCGCUGCCAGAUGGUACAGACAGAUAUGCAGUAUGUGUUCAUAUACCAAGCACUGCUGGAGCACUAUCUCUAUGGUGAUACAGAGCUAGAGGUGACCUCAUUAGAAAUCCACCUCCAGAAGAUCUACAACAAAGUGCCAGGGACCAGCAGCAAUGGGCUGGAAGAGGAGUUCAAGAAGCUCACUUCCAUCAAAAUUCAGAACGACAAGAUGAGAACAGGCAACUUGCCAGCAAACAUGAAAAAGAACAGGGUGCUUCAGAUAAUUCCAUAUGAGUUCAACAGAGUAAUCAUUCCAGUGAAGAGAGGUGAAGAAAACACAGACUACGUUAAUGCUUCCUUUAUUGAUGGCUAUCGCCAGAAGGACUCCUACAUUGCCAGCCAAGGGCCACUGCAGCACACGAUAGAGGACUUCUGGAGGAUGAUCUGGGAGUGGAAAUCCUGCUCCAUAGUGAUGUUAACAGAGCUGGAGGAGAGAGGCCAGGAGAAAUGUGCCCAGUACUGGCCUUCUGAUGGCUCUGUGUCCUAUGGAGACAUCAACGUGGAGCUUAAAAAAGAGGAGGAAUGCGAGAGCUACACAGUGCGGGACCUGCUGGUGACAAACACCAGGGAAAACAAGAGCCGACAGAUCCGACAGUUCCACUUCCAUGGCUGGCCAGAGGUUGGGAUCCCCAGCGAUGGGAAGGGAAUGAUCAACAUCAUUGCGGCCGUGCAGAAGCAGCAGCAGCAGUCAGGCAACCACCCCAUCACUGUGCACUGCAGUGCCGGAGCAGGAAGAACAGGAACCUUCUGUGCACUGAGCACUGUCCUGGAAAGGGUGAAAGCAGAGGGGAUUCUCGAUGUCUUUCAGACAGUGAAGAGUUUAAGACUACAGAGGCCGCAUAUGGUGCAGACACUGGAACAGUACGAAUUCUGCUACAAAGUGGUGCAGGAAUACAUCGACGCCUUCUCAGACUACGCCAACUUCAAGUGAAAAAUACAGCAAAACAAACAAACCUGAAACAAACGACAGAAGAGUUGCCUUCUUUAAUAUUUUGUAAUAUUCUGUUUGUUAAUAUACCCCUCCCCCAGAAUAUGUGUAUAUAUCUUAACUGUUUUAGAGGUUGGUACCAUAAGCUUCAUAUUAGCUGGAGAUUUUAUAUGUAGCAAAGUGUUAGUGCAGAUACUGUCAGCUCCUUUUUUUUCCAAUGUUUUAUUGGGGAAUUAAAUAGCGUGAUGUUUGGAUUAAUAUUGUCAUACCAUCUCUCUUCUGGAGAGUUGAUACAGGCUGUUAUUUUGUUUGUAAAUCUUUCUUUUUUUUUUUUUCUUGAGGGAGUAAAGCCUUUUUUAAAAAAAAAGAAAAGAAAAGAAAAAGAAAAGAAUAAUUCUGGAUCUCAUAUGAACCAAUAACCCAAAAGCAAGCACAAGCUUUUCCAAACCUGCAGGGAAAUGGUUUCACAUUUUUCUGCCAGUCAGCUCUUUAAAAUACGGAGAAAAGAAACCAAACCAACUUA